CCAUCAUCAUCAUCAUCACGGCCUCUGCUCCUCUGGAUCGGUCGGGCUGAAGGAGGCUGAUCGUCUGCGGGCUGCAUUCCAAGAUUGGGUGCACAUCAUCUGCAUUUCUACAUUUCUGCACAGUGUCUGCACAGCGUUGCCAGCCAAGAUGUCCUCCGAUAACGUCACCUUCCUCGGCCAUGCCCGAGGAUUCGCUAUGGCCUCCAUCGCCGCAUGUGCCUCAGCCACCCUCACCAAUCCAAUGGAAGUGAUCAAGACCCGGCUGCAGCUCCAGGGCGAGCUCUCAAAGACCUCCAACGGUGGCAAGCUCUAUGGAAAUGCCUUCUCUGCGCUGAUCACCAUCGGGAGGAACGAGGGAAUCCGCGGCCUCCAGAAGGGUCUGAUUCCUGCCUAUGGCUACCAGUUAUUCAAUAACGGCUGUCGUAUCGGCCUGUACGAGCCCAUCAAGCAGUUCUACCAGCAAGUCAUUGGCCAGCUGUGGUCGUCAAACAGCCAGCACAAUUCGCUUCCAGUGAUGCUGGCUGCCGGCGCAACGAGCGGCAUUCUUGGUGCCCUGACAGCCAGUCCGCUGUUCCUCGUCAAAACGCGAAUGCAGUCCUAUUCUCCUGAGCUGUCGUCGGUCGGACACCAGCAUGCCUACGUCACGCAAGGCACCCUCCGGUCACUGCAGAUCAUCUACCGAAACGAAGGCCUCCGCGGAUUGUGGAGAGGUGUGGAUGCCGCCAUGUUCCGGUCCGGUGUUGCCUCGGCUGUCCAGCUGGCGAGCUACGACAAGUCCAAGCAGCUCUUGAAGGGCACAGGAUGGUUCCAUCUCGGCCCGUAUGGCGAUGGCAACCUCGACCUGCAUCUGGCCGCAAGCAGUAUCACGGGCUUGUUGAUGUGCAUAGCCAUGAAUCCUUUUGACGUGACCAUGACAAGAAUGUACAACCAAAAAGCAACUGGCGGACAUGGAGUCCUGUAUUCGGGCACACUCGACUGCAUCAUGAAGACUGUUCGGGCCGAGGGCGUGGCUGCGCUCUACAAAGGCUUCACGGCACAUUACAUGCGCAUCGGGCCGCACAUAGUCUUCACAUUCGUGUUUCUGGAGCAGCUCAAAAAACUAUCGCGGAUGUGGGAUCAGUCGCAGUUGCAGGUUGCGGCGCUCACAAAGUGAUCCAACGGAUACAAUGCCCAAGUGCACUGCUCGCUUCUGUCUUUGAGAAGCACACGCAUGACCAUCAUUCCUCCUUUACGAUAAACUGAACUGCAUCUGUUUCCAAAUACAUCGCACGCAUCUUUGUGGUCGCCGCCUUGGAUCCACC